UAAUCUUCCAGAUAUAGUGAACAAUGGAAGUUUGCACGAGUUCCUGGUUGGUUUGCAUGAGAGAUAUGGGCCUGUGGUUUCUUUCUGGUUUGGCAGGCGUCUUGUGGUUAGUUUGGGCACUGUGGAUGUACUGAAGCAGCAUAUCAACCCCAAUAAGACAUUGGACCCUUUUGAAACCAUGCUAAAGUCAUUAUUGAAAUACCAAUCUGACAAUGGGAGUGGAAGUGAAAACCAUCUGAGGAAAAAAUUGUAUGAAAAUAGUGUGACUAAGUCUCUGCAGAGUAAUUUUGCUCUCCUCCUGAAGCUUUCAGAAGAAUUAUUAGAUAAAUGGCUCUCCUACCCAGAGACCCAGCAUGUACCCCUCAGCCAGCAUAUGCUUGGUUUUGCUAUGAAGUCUGUUACACAGAUAGUAAUGGGUAGUACAUUUGAAGAUGACCAGGAAGUCAUUCGCUUCCAAAARAAUCAUGGCACAGUUUGGUCUGAGAUUGGAAAAGGCUUUCUAGAUGGGUCACUUGAUAAAAGUGCAACUCGGAAAAAACAAUAUGAAGAUGCCCUCAUGCAAUUGGAAUCUGUUUUAAAGAAAAUCAUAAAAGAACGAAAAGGAAGGAACUUCAGUCAACAUAUUUUCAUUGACUCCUUAGUACAGGGAAACCUUAACGACCAACAGGUCCUAGAAGACAGUAUGAUAUUUUCUCUGGCUGGUUGCAUAAUAACUGCGAAAUUGUGCACCUGGGCAAUCUGUUUUUUAACAACUUCUGAAGAAGUUCAAAGAAAACUACAUGAAGAGGUAGACCAAGUAUUUGGGAAGGAUCCUAUUACUCCAGAGAAAAUUGAGCAUCUCAGAUAUUGUCGGCAAGUGCUUUGUGAAACUGUUAGGACUGCCAAAUUGACCCCAGUUUCUGCCCGGCUUCAAGAUAUUGAAGGAAAAAUUAACCAAUUUAUUAUUCCUAAAGAGACUCUUGUUCUUUAUGCCCUUGGUGUGGUACUUCAGGAUCCUAAUACUUGGCCAUCACCACACAAGUUUGAUCCAGAUCGCUUUGAUGAUGAAUCAGCAAUGAAAACUUUCUCUUUGCUUGGAUUUUCAGGCACACAGGAAUGCCCAGAAUUAAGGUUUGCAUAUAUGGUAACCACUGUGCUUCUCAGUGUGUUGGUGAAGAGACUGCACCUACUCUCUGUAGAGGGACAAGUUAUUGAAACAAAGUAUGAACUGGUCACAUCAUCAAGGGAAGAAGCUUGGAUCACUGUCACAAAGAGACAUUAAAAUUGUAAACAUUUAAAAUCUUUGUUAAAUCGACUGAGGAAAAUGGCCAUUUAGAAAAUAUGUGUUGGAUCCUUUUAUAAACCAAGUAUUAUAACAUAAACACUUAUU